GCAAAUAAACCUGUGGAAUCGCCACCACUCGGCUACCCAUUGGUACGACCUGUUCCCCAGCCAACCCCAGAAAGCACAACUACAACCCAUCCAAGGCCACAGCCUACCUAUGGGAAAGGUGUGCGUUUCAAAGGCAAGAGAGCUUAUCCUACCGUGCCCAACCAGCCCUCCGAGGCUAGUGCUUAUUUCAUGUUCGAGUUGGCCAAGACUGUGCUGAACAGAGCUGGAGGAAAUAUUAGCACAUCACUGUUUACUCAGCCAAGCAGUUCACAGAACCACAGAGGGCCACAUCGACCACUCCACAUGUGUGCAUUCCAAAUUGGCCUCUAUGCCCUUGGCCUUCACAAUUGUGUCAGCCCCAACUGGCUUUCAAGAACAUAUUCCUCACAUGUUUCAUGGAUUACAAGCCAAGCAGUGGAAAUUGGAUCACCAGCAGUUUCUUUUCUAAUUGAUACUUGGGAGGGCCAUCUAACUCCACAAGAAGCAGCAUCAAUAGCAGACCGAGCAUCAAGAGGUCGUGAUGCUGCAACAAUAAAAGCUGCAGCAAAAUUAGCCCUGUCAUGCUUGCCUCAUGCUCAUGCUUUGAACCCUAAUGAGAUUCAGAGGGCUAUCAUACAGUGUAAGGAGCAAAGUGAUGAAAUGCUUGAAAGUGCUUGCUUUGCUGUUGAGGGUGCAGCUAAAGGUGGUGGUGUAUACCCCGAGGUCCUGUUCUCUGUGGCGCGGCGCUGGUAUGAACUUCAUGAGGCCCGGACAAGACACCAAGCCCGUCAUCAAGCAAGGACUUCAGGUGGCCAACAUGCUGGAGAUGUCCCAUUUGAAGAUCCUGGCGCCCCACACAAUCUCCCACUUCCUCCACCUCCACCACUAAAUCCACCUACACCACCAAACCAGCAACAGCAACAGCCACCUAUUCCUCCAAUGGAUGCACAGUCUCAACCUGGGUUGCAUCCACCAGUUUCAGUAGGGAUGAAUGGAAAUGGUGGUGCAGGUGCAUUACCUGGUGUUGCAGGCUAUCCGGUUGCAGCCCCACCUUCCUCGGUGCCAUAUGCCCUCACUGGCAUUCCAUACCAGCUGGGAUAUAAUUACAUUCAGGGCUUGCCAACAAGUGUAUCAUGCAUCAACCCACAGAUGCCCAUGCCGGUGAAUGUCGUCCUUACAGGUGAAUUUGCCCCCUAA